GCAUUAGAUCGGAGGUGAUUCUCACUGUUGUCAUCCUCUCAUUGGCUCUCUCUCUUAUUCUGUUGUUCACCUAUCGAUUCAUCUUUGCAUCUCGGCUGCAUCCCUGCGCCACUCGCGGGGAUGUCUCAACACACCGAUAUUGCACGAUCCGCCAUCAUGACGUGCGCGUCGGCUCCCGAUCACCAACGUGCCGGUGCUCCAGGAAAACCAAAUGGAUCCGUUUCUCACUCGGGAACUGGGAAAGACGCUAAUCUUAUGCCUCCCCCCAAAUCACUGGUCGGACGAGCGCUAGGCAACGAACUGCAUUCCGAUUCCCACAGGGGAUCGCAGGUGCCCAAGGAUGGUGUCGGGUUUGCCCUAACAGACACUCCGAUUUCUACCGCACCCUCGUCUCCACCUUUUACUGCCAAUACUACUCCGUCGACCCCGGGUCGAAUUCGUGCCACUACCCUCGAUAUCCCAGGUCUCACCAAGUCGAAGGUCUCUCCCGAUGGACGUAUUGCUCAACGUGAUGUGGGCUCAAAGUUGGUUAUUGUCAUGGUCGGCCUCCCUGCUCGGGGAAAGAGUUAUGUCACCAAGAAGCUGGCCCGUUACCUUAACUGGCUGCAGCACGAUACCGAGAUCUUCAACGUAGGAGAACGUCGUCGUGUGGCCGCCGGAAAGUCUCCAGCUACCGAUGGAAGACGUCCGAGUCACAGAGCCAGUACCAUUCAUAGCGAGCUCGUUGAUUCCGUGCGUCGGCUCAGUGUCAGCGUUGGCACCAUGAAUCAGCCGUCGAAGAAGAGUGACCUUAGGGCCGAAGCAGCUGCGAAUGCCGCGGAGGUCGCUGUGACCUCGCCUCCUGAAGUUGAAGGCAACGUCCCGCCUUUCGAUGGCAGCCUCCCGCCUCCUGCUGUCCCUACCAAGAUUCUGGUCAACGGAAAGGAGGAAGAUCCUUCCGAGAGCACUAUCGUCCCACCGAUGAAUGCGUCCCCGGCCGAACAGGAUGCCAUACGCGAGGCAUCUCCCGAGCCCAUCGACCAGUCAGCCAAUUUCUUCGACCCUAAGAAUCAGCUGGCCGUGAAGCUGCGAGAGCAGGUGGCCUUGGACACGUUGGAUGAACUUCUGGAUUACAUUCUCGAUGAGGGCGGCAGUGUCGGCAUUCUUGACGCCACCAACAGCACCAUGGAGCGCCGCAAGGCCAUUGUCGAUCAUAUCCGCAACCGUGCUGGUCCCGAGCUCAACAUCUUGUUCCUUGAAAGCAGCUGCGUGGACGCGGAACUGCUAGAAGCCAACAUGCGUCUGAAGCUGUCGGGUCCCGAUUACAAAGAUCAGGACCCUGUCAAGGCCCUCGAAGACUUCAAACGACGUGUGGCGCUCUAUGAGAAGUCCUAUGUUCCUCUCGGCGAGUACGAAGAGAAGCACAGCAUGGCGUACAUUCAGAUGAUUGAUGUUGGACGCAAGAUCGUCUCUCAUCAGACCCAUGGCUUCCUCUCGUCGCAGGUUGUCUAUUAUUUGCUCAACUUUAACCUCUCCCCGCGUCAAAUCUGGAUUACCAGACACGGUGAAAGCAAGGACAACCAGCUGGGCCGCAUUGGUGGUGACUCUGAAUUGAGUGAGAAUGGCCAUCGCUAUGCAAAGGCGCUGAACCGUUUCAUCGACCAUCAGAAGCAGCAGUGGGAGUUGGUUCAGAGACAGAAGGAAAUGUUGCAGCGGUUGCCCCCUCGUGCUGGCGAUAGCACUCCCCCCAACCCAUCGUACAUUCCCCGCGACCGGCCUCGCAACUUCUGUGUUUGGUCGUCAAUGAUGCAACGUUCCGUGCAAACCGUCGACUACUUCAAUGAAGAUGAGUAUGAUGUCAAGCAAAUGAAGAUGCUUGAUGAGCUCUAUGCUGGCCAGAUGGAAGGGAUGACUUACGAUGAAAUCCGCGAAAAGUUCCCUCAGGAGUACGCAGCGCGUCGGAAGGACAAGCUCUACUACCGCUAUCCCGGCCCUGGAGGCGAAGGGUAUCUGGAUGUGAUCAACCGGCUUCGCGCCGUGAUCAUUGAGGUGGAGCGGACGACCGACCAUGUGCUGCUGGUCACUCACCGGUCGGUCGCCCGCGUCCUGCUGGCGUACUUCCGUGGCCUGAAGCGCGAUGAGGUUGCUUCUCUGGAUGUGCCUCUGGGGAUGCUUUACAUGUUGGAGCCUAAGCCGUACGGUGUUGAAUUCAAGGCGUACCGUUACAAUACCGAUACGGACUGGUUCGACUAUAUUCCCGACUUUAAGUUGCAGCAGACUUCCCAGUACUAGACUUUGCUACUUUCUGGCACCGUGCCACGACAUCAUGGCUGGUCUAGCGAAAUCAGUGACAUCUCUGCUCACCUUACAGAUGCCUUCU